AUGGAGAUGGAGAAGAAGAGAGGACAUGUCUUAGCUGUGCCAUUCCCAAGCCAAGGUCACAUCACACCAAUACGCCAAUUCUGCAAACGACUUCACCACAAAGGUUUCAAAACCACUCACACUCUCACCGCUUUCAUCUUCAACACAGUCCACAUCGAUCCAUCUAGUCCCGUCUCCAUAGCCACAAUCUCCGACGGCUACGACGACGGUGGCUUCUCAUCAGCCGGUUCAGUCCCCGAGUACCUUCAAAACUUCAAAACCUUUGGCUCCAAAACCGUUGCUGACGUCAUCCGCAAGCAUCAGACUAGUGAUGACCCCAUCACUUGUAUCGUCUACGAUUCUUUCAUGCCUUGGUUGCUUGAUCUUGCAAGAGAGUUCGGUUUAGCUGCUGCUCCUUUCUUCACGCAGUCUUGUUCUGUUAACUAUAUCAAUUAUCUUCUGUACAAAGACCAAGGAAGCUUGAAACUUCCCAUCCAGGACUUGACUUUUCUUGGGCCCCAAGACUUGCCUACUUUCGUCACUCCUACUGGGUCCCACCUUGCUUACUUAGAGAUGGUGCUUCAACAGUUCACCAACUUCGAUAAAGCUGAUUUCAUACUCGUUAAUACAUUCCAGGAGCUGGACAUUCAUGAGGAGGAGUUGUUGUCUAAAGUUUGUCCAGUGUUGACAAUUGGCCCAACUGUUCCAUCAAUGUAUUUAGACCAACAGAUUAAAUCAGACAACGACUAUGAUCUGAACCUCUUCGACUCAAAAGAGGCUGCCUUAUGCAAUACUUGGCUUAACACAAAGCCACAAGGGUCAGUGGUAUAUAUAGCCUUCGGGAGCAUGGCUCAGCUGAGCAGUGUGCAGAUGAAAGAGAUUGCUUCAGCAGUAAACAACUUCAGUUUCAGUUUCCUGUGGGUUGUCAGAGGUUCUGAGGAAGCAAAACUCCCAUUAGGAUUUCUUGAGACAGUGGACAAAGACAAAGGCUUGGUCUUGAAGUGGAGUCCUCAGCUUCAAGUCCUAUCAAACAAAGCAAUUGGUUGUUUUAUGACUCACUGUGGCUGGAACUCAACCAUGGAAGCAUUGACUUUAGGUGUUCCCAUGGUUGCUAUGCCUCAAUGGACGGAUCAGCCGAUGAAUGCAAAGUACAUACAAGAUGUAUGGAAGGUUGGGGUUCGUGUGAAGGCAGAGAAAGAGAGUGGGAUUGCAAAGAGAGAGGAGAUUGAGUUCAGCAUUAAGGAAGUGAUGGAAGGAGAGAAGAGCAUAGAGAUGAAAAAAAACGCAAAGAAAUGGAGAGACUUGGCUGUGAAGUCACUCAGUGAAGGUGGCUCUACAGAUAACAACAUUAACACAUUUGUGUCAAAGGUUCAAAUCAAAUAA